AUGUUCGGCCAACAACCUAUUUUAGUGCUCAGCCAAAACACAAAACGUGACUCCGGCCGGAAAGUUCAACUGGAGAAUAUAAAUGCUGGAAAGACGAUAGCCGACGUUAUUCGAACAUGCCUCGGACCACAGGCUAUGUUGAAAAUGUUGAUGGACCCGAUGGGAGGUAUCGUGAUGACCAACGACGGCAAUGCUAUCCUCCGUGAGAUCACCGUGCAGCACCCGGCCGCUAAAUCUAUGAUUGAAAUCGCCAGAACACAAGAUGAAGAGGUGGGAGAUGGCACAACAUCAGUCAUUGUCCUGGCUGGAGAGAUGCUGGCUGUUGCUGAGCAGUUCCUCGUCCAGAAUAUCCACCCGACAGUCAUCAUCAGGGAGUACAGACAGGCUCUGGAAGACGCUGUCAAACUGCUGCAGGACAAGAUCUCCAUACCCAUUGACUUGAAUGAUAGAGACAAGUUGAAGGAAGUUAUCCGUUCCUGUGUGGGCACAAAGUACAUUGGUCGCUGGGCCGACCUCGCUGUAGAUAUUGCACUGGAUGCUGUCAACACAGUUACUAUCAAUGACAAUGGACGCAUUGAAGUAGAUAUUAAAAACUAUGCCAAAGUAGAGAAGAUUCCAGGUGGUACUAUUGAAGAGUCCAAAGUACUGAACGGAGUGAUGUUCAACAAGGAUGUGACUCACGCUAAGAUGCGGCGUUACAUCGAGAACCCUCGCAUCAUCCUGCUCGACUGCCCUCUUGAAUACAAGAAGGGAGAGAGCCAGACCAACAUUGAGAUCUUGGGAGAACAGGACUUCACAAGACUGCUUCAGUUGGAAGAGGAGCACGUUCAGCGUCAGUGUGAGGAGAUCAUCGCCCUCAAGCCAGACAUUGUCUUCACAGAGAAGGGAAUCUCUGACCUCGCGCAACACUACCUCGUUAAGGCUGGCAUUACAGCUAUUCGCAGACUUCGUAAAACCGACAACAACCGUUUGGCCCGUGCUUGCGGCGCCACCAUCGUGAACCGCACUGAGGAGCUGAAGGAGUCUGACGUUGGAACCGCGGCCGGCAAGUUCGAGGUCAAGAAGAUCGGAGACGAAUACUUCACUUUCGUUACUGAAUGCAAGAACCCUAAGGCGUGUACCAUCUUACUGCGCGGCGCGUCAAAGGACGUACUUAACGAGAUUGAGAGGAAUCUGCAGGACGCUCUACAUGUUGCCAAGAACUUGGUCCUGAACCCGCGCCUGGUGGCGGGCGGCGGCGCGGUGGAGAUGGCGGUGUCGCAGGCGCUGGCCGCCAACGCGGCGCACAACACGCCGUACCGCGCCGUCGCGCAGGCACUAGAGAUAAUCCCGCGCACGCUGGCCCAGAACUGUGGCGCGAACACUAUCCGCACGCUGACGGCACUCCGCGCGCGACACGCCGCCGCCUGCAGCACGGCCGGCAUCGACGGGGAGUCCGGGGACAUCGUCGACAUGGCCGUCAAGGGGAUCUGGGAACCAUUAGCUGUUAAACUGCAGGUAUACAAAACAGCAGUGGAAACAGCGAUCCUACUCCUCAGAAUUGACGACAUCGUAUCUGGCUCCAAGAAGAAGAACGGUAACGAGCCGGCCACGCCUUCACAGAUGGCAGCCAUGGAAUAA